UUCCAAUCCGUUCAUCUCCUCUGAAACUUCCACAGGACGACCUCUCAAUUUCCAAUGGCGCCCAAGGCAGAGAAGAAACCCGCCGAGAAGAAGCCGGCGGAGGAGAAGAAGGCCGAGAAGGCACCGGCGGAGAAAAAGCCGAGAGCUGAGAAGAAGCUUCCCAAGGAAGCCGGUUCCGGAGACAAGAAGAAGAAGCGGACGAAGAAGAGCGUUGAGACUUACAAGAUCUACAUCUUCAAGGUGCUGAAGCAGGUGCAUCCUGAUAUCGGGAUCUCGAGCAAGGCUAUGGGAAUCAUGAACAGCUUCAUCAAUGAUAUCUUCGAGAAGCUUGCUCAGGAGGCAUCUCGGCUUGCUCGCUACAACAAGAAGCCGACUAUCACCUCGCGCGAGAUCCAGACGGCCGUGCGACUUGUUCUGCCUGGUGAAUUGGCCAAGCACGCUGUCUCUGAGGGUACUAAGGCUGUUACCAAGUUUACUAGCUCCUAGGGUUUCUGUGGUUUGAAAUUGGGGGUUUUUGAGUUGUAAAAACUAGUAUUAGUUUCUCAGGUUCUGUUCAUUUUGCUUUUUUGAUGUAAUUCUUGGGCUUAAAUGAAAAUUCGGUUAGUAUCUUAAAAUUGAACUCAGUUUUUGCUUAA